UGCAGCCCUGGGGCUAUAAAUAGAGGCCACUCUUUCACGGGCUCUGCAUCCGAUAGGAUUCUAAACCCGGGAGGAAGCAGCUCGGCCACUAAUCCCCAGCAUCCUUCCCCAAGCCAUGGCCCCCAACGCUAUUUCGAUGGAUAUCCUUACUCCCAAGGAGAAAAACCGACUGAGGAAGCCGGUGGUGGAGAAGAUGCGCCGGGACCGGAUCAACAGCAGCAUUGAACAGCUGAAACUCUUGCUGGAGAAGGAGUUCCAGAGACACCAGCCCAACUCCAAGCUGGAGAAGGCUGACAUCCUGGAGAUGACCGUCAGCUACCUGAAGCACAGUAAAGCUUUUGCAUCCUGCCCUAAGACCUUGCAACAGGACUACAGCGAGGGCUACUCUUGGUGCCUCAAAGAGGCGGUCCAGUUCCUGACCUUGCACUCGGCCAACACAGACACCCAGAUGAAGCUGCUUUAUCACUUCCAGAGACCCCAGGCAUCCCUGACCACUCUUCAAGACUUGAAGCCACCUUCCUCUUCUCCCUUGCCCCCUGCUGCCUUGACCAAGCCAGCCCCUCGACAGUCACCUUCUGGCAGUAACCUCUGGCGACCCUGGUAGGACCAGGAGGACUCUGGAUGCCAGGGACUCGUGUUUAUUUGAUCCAGAGGAAAAUCCAGACUUGCUUCCCAAGUCUCUGGCUCCUCUAGAAUGUAGAGCAAAAUGCUUUCUCCCUUUCUUUUAUUGAGCACCGAGUGCUCUGUUUUUGUUUUUUUCCUUCUCCCUGAAGGAUAUUGAUUCUCCUAGCCCAGCCAAUUGGGCCAGAGAGAGGGCCAUUCUAAAAGAAUGUAAAGUAAUGUUCCCUGAGGGAUGUCUUUGACUUUCGGCCAUUCUUCUGUGAAGAGGGCUUGAUAUUAAUUGUUUAACCUGAUUAAGGUUGUAUUGUAUUGGUCUGUACCCCAGCAAUAGUAACUUCCAAGAAGUUUGUCCACAUUGGCACCAAGAAGGGUCCUAGAAUUUUGGUAUUACAUGCAGGAGCAUGCUGAGAAAAAUGCUGCUCCCGCACAGGACCAUCCAACAGUAGAGGACAUUCUUCAGAGCAUGUGUCAAUUUCAGGUAGAGUGUACAGGGCUGGGGGCAGAUGGACUAGUGAUGCCUUUUGUAAAGGCACUACCCAGUGCAUAUCCUCAUAGGAAAGAAAGUAACGACUAAUGUUGGUUUUAUGAUGGAUGUAUUUAUUGGAAGCCUUUCCCAGAAAGGCUACUGUACAAAUUAUAUUUCAGGGGUGGGGCUUGGUACCUUACUAAGGGCGGGAUAAUAAAAGGGAGGGAAAUUGUCUCUCUGUUAUGCUCCUAAAAGGAUCCUGAUGUUGCCCUAUGUGGAGGGCAUGGAAUUUGUAAUCAGCGUUCAAAGCUGUCAUUGGACGGCAUGCAGAAAAGGUCUGCAUGUUGGAAAUGCAAAUAAAUCUUUAUGGUCAGUCUGAA